AUGCCAAUAAAUUUGCCAGGAACGGCUUUGAAUCGAGCCAUCAAAGCGGCCAAGCUUAUUAGUAAAGAACUUAUGGCAACAAUUAGACAAAGAAGGAUUGAUCUUCAAGGGCAUGAUUUGUCUUCAAGGAAGGAUUUCAUGUCAACCAUGCUUCUGGCAAAAGAUGAAAAUGGUCAGGCAUUUUGUGACGAAGACGUUGCUAGCCAUUUGGCUGGCUUGUUACUGGCAAGUUUCUCAACCAUGCAUAGCACAAUUACUAGCAUGAUGAAGUAUCUUGCAGAGCUUCCGGAUGUGUACGAUUCUGUCUUUAGAGAACAAAAUGAAAUUUUAGAUGUAAAGCCAAAAGGAGACCACCUUACUUGGGAGGAUAUACAGAAGAUGAAGUACUCUUGGAGUGUUGCUAGUGAAGUCUUGAGGAUAUCGACACCAGGGUUUGGAGGGUUUAGAGAGGCUAUCACUGAUUUCACCUAUGAAGGGUUCACAGUACCAAAAGGCUCCAAGAUUUUCUGGACUUUUGAUGCCACACACAAGAAUCCAAAAUACUUUCCUGAUCCUGAAAAGUUUGAGCCAUCAAGGUUUCAAGGAAACGGUCCAGCUCCUUAUGCAUUUGUGCCAUUCGGGGGAGGACCACGCAUGUGUCCUGGAAAUGAGUAUGCUCGGGUGGUGAUACUUGUUUUCAUGCACAAUGUGGUGACAAAGUUUAGAUGGGAGAAACUGAUUCCGGGCGAGAAUAUGAUAUAUUAUCCUGCUCCAAGGCCAGCGCGAGGGCUUCCAGUCACUCUACAUCCUAACAAGCCUUGAAUUCUCCUAUUCAUUUUUGGUUCUUUGUCAAUACUUAAUGGAGCUACACUGCAAUCUUCCUGUCCUGUAAGUCCAAUAAUGCAGGAAGUGCUUGGUUUAU